AUGUCGGCAUCCGCUGCACCUCUACGCUCCUCCUUCAGGAUUUGCUUACCGUUAACCGCACACUACUGUGGCAGCCGCGCCAAACUGCGGACGCACAGAAAGCUCGACAGUCAAAAGAGGCAGCUGUGUCAUUCUGUGAAAAGGCAUGCCGCCGUGGUGAUUUCAGGAACAGAGUUGGCUCGUCAAAUUCACAGAGAAAUCCAGCGUGAUGUGGAAGAGCUAAUUGCCCAUGGCAACAUGAGACCCCACCUCGGUGUCAUCUUAGUCGGAGACGAUCCAGCCAGUCACACCUAUGUUAAGAACAAGACCCGGGCAGCCACCAUCCUGGGUAUUUCCAGUGACACAGUGGUUCGACCCAGCUCGGUGUCCCAGGAGGAGCUGCUGGAGUUAAUUGAUAAGAUGAAUCGUGACUGGAAAGUCAGCGGCCUCUUGGUUCAGCUGCCACUUCCAGAUCACAUCAACGAGCGAGCUGUGUGUAACGCCAUUGCUCCAGAGAAGGAUGUGGAUGGUUUCCAUAUUGUGAACAUUGGGAAGUUGUGCCUGGACCAGAGGUCUAUGGUACCUGCAACACCUGCAGCUGUCUGGGAGAUGAUCAAAAGAUCAGGAAUACAGACUGUGGGAAAGCAUGUGCUGGUUGCUGGUCGCUCCAAAAAUGUUGGAAUGCCCAUUGCUAUGUUGCUGCAUAGUGAUCGGAACCAUGAACGCCCUGGAGGUGAUGCCACGGUGACGAUUGCUCACAGGUGUACACCACAGUAUCGGUUGAAAGAGUUGAGUCUUCUGGCUGACAUCAUCAUUGCAGCAGCAGGUGUUCCCAGUCUGAUUACAGCAGACAUGGUGAAAGAGGGUGCAGCUGUUAUUGACGUUGGCAUAAAUCGCAUCCAGGAUCAGAAAACAGGGGCGGUUCGUCUCAUCGGAGAUGUGGACUUUGAGGGAGUAAAGGAGAAAGCUGGUUUCCUAACACCUGUCCCUGGAGGUGUGGGUCCCAUGACUGUUGCCAUGCUUAUGAAAAACACUGUGACUGCUGCCAGAAACGCACUGAUGCAUUAAAAAGCAUACACCCUUCAGUUAAGUUUGGUUUACAGAGAGGAAACAGCUUUUAAAGAUGCAAUAGGCUGCAUACAGUUCAAUGCAAACUCGGAUACCAAUCCUUCGAGUAACCAUGCUACACACGUCAACAUCUAUGACCUCAAGAUCUUAUACCUGCCUGGAAACCUACUUGAUAUGUACUAUCUUUAUGUCCUUAAUUAUUGUUCAAUUUGUUGUUUUAAAUAAGAUUUUGCUUUUUACAAGUUAUAUGGAUAUUUUUUCUACUGCAGUGUUCAAUUUUAUUAAAUAUGCUUUAAAUUAACUGUAAAGAAGACAUAAUAAAGGUCAGUGGCACAGUGCUCAUGUUUAUUUUUGGAUUAUUUACAUUUUCUUAAAUGUUUUUUUUAUCGCAUUCAUUGGAAACAUAUCUAAAUGUAAUCUUAUUUGGCAAAACUAGGCCUUCAUUUUAUACUUUUGGUCUUGGAAAACCAAAACGAAUGUUUCCUAAUGAAAUUGGUUGUCUUAUUUAAUAAGGUAUAUAUCUGAAGAUUCUUGGUCAUCCAAGUCAUGGUCAACCUUGAAAAGUUCAGUUUAGGCAACUGGGUGUUAAGUUUCCUAGAAGACGUUUCACCUCUCAUCCCAAAGGCUUCCUCAGUUCUAACUGGCGGUUCUUCUAACUGAAGAAACUCAUUGCUUUUCAUAAAUCCACCUGUGACACAGCCAAUCAGCUUUGAACCACACCCCCAUGAAAGCCAAUCGGCAUCCUAAGUUCAUCUUUAAAGGCCUCCAAUACGCACUUGUCUGCUCCUGUGCGCAGGUGGCGGAUGCACUGUGACUUCAUUUAGAUGACACAGUUUCAACCCACCUCCAGCCCCUCCUCCACCAUCAUAGCUAAAGCUUAACCAUGGUGUGAGGGGUCAUUGAUGAUGUUACGGGCCCAGGACACGCAGCGCUGGGAUAAAAUUUAUUUUAUGGAGGAAAAGAGGGGCCCCAAUCAUCCUUUCUGCUGUUCUUACUACUCUCCUCACCUUCUUCCAGUCUGAGGCUCUGCAGCCUCCACACCACACAGUGAGACAGCUGAUCAGAAUGCUCUCUAUGGUGAUUCUGUAGAAGGUUGUGAGGAUGGGUGGGUGCAGGUUGGUGUUUCUUAUCUUCCGCAGGAAGUACAAGUGUUUUUGUGCCCUUUUGACCAGUGAGGUGGUGUUUACAGACCAGGUGAGAUUGUCUGUGAUGUGCACCCCUUGGAAUUUGGUGCUGCUGACCACCUCUACAACUGAGCUGCUGAUGAGCAGUGGAGCGUGGUAAGGCCGUUUCUUCCUGAAGUAGACAAUGAUCUUUUCGUCUUCUCCACAUUUAGGAUCAGGCUCUUAUCUUUGAACCAGCCCACCAGCUGCUCCACCUCCUCGCUGAUGUCCUGGUUGUUGUUGUCUCUGAUGACAACAACCAGCCAUGGUGUCUUCUGCAAUGUUCAGGAUGUUAUUGGUGGUGAAGCUGGGGACGUAGUCAUGUGUCAUCAGAGUGAACAGCAGGGGGCUCAGGACGCAGCCCUGAGGGGAGCCUGUGCUUAGGGUGAUGACAUCAGAGGUGUUCUGUCCGACCUGGAAUGACUGAGGUCUGUUUGUGAGGAAGUCUAGCAGCCAAUUGCAAGUCCAGCUGUUCCAGUUUGCCAAUCAGAUGCUUGAAUGAUGGUGUUGAAGGCUGAGCUAAAGCCCAGGAACAGCAUCCGCACGUGGUGAUUCUUCCCCCCAGGUGUGCCAGGCUCAGGUGAAGAGCAGAGGAGAUGGCGUUCUCAGUGGCGCGGUUCCGUCGGCAGGCAAACUGGAAUGGGUCGAAUGUUGCGGGAAGACUGGAGGCGAUGCAUUCUUUAACCAGCUUUUCGAAGCACUUCAUCAUGAUGUGAGUCAUGACAGGCCGGUAGUCAUCAAAUGAGGUGAUCUGAGGCUUCUUUGAUUGAUGGGGUCAGACUUGCACAUAUUUACAUAUUUGCACUAUGGAAUGUCUGUGAGGACACCGGCCACCUGACCUGCACACUCCUCGUACAUCUGCCCAGGUAAGUUAUCGGGGCUUGGGGCCUUUCAUGGGUUGUCUCUCCAGUCUUCCGCACAUCAGCUGUGUCAAUGCGGAGUGCCUCCUCUCCCUGAUGUGGAACGGCUUUCACUGGUGGAGUGCUGUUUAGUGCCUCAAACCUUCCAAAGAAGUUGUUCAAUCCAUUUAAGAAGUCAGCAUCAGCUUAACCCACUGGGGGGAGGUUGUGUUGUAGUCUGUGAUCACCCGUAUGCCUUGCCACAUCCUCUUGGUGUAGCUGGCAUCAUGGAAGAGUUCCUGGAUCUGCCGGCUGUGGUUCUGCUUCGCUGAUCUGAUGGCAUGGUUAAAGUUGGCACUCUCUGUCCUCAGGGCCUCUUUAUCAACAGAUCUGAAAGCUUAGUUCUGUGCUUUUAGCGAUUUCCGAACCUCUCCAUUCAUUCAGGGUGGUUGGUUGGCCCUGGUGGUGAUGUUCUUUUUGAGGCAAAUGUCUUCUAGAAAACUUCAGAUCAAGUUGGCAAAAGUAAACUAUUCAAGCAAUAAUGUCUAUGUUUAAAAA